CUUCUCUGUCUGAACAGCGAUAUUUCAGAAUGAGGAGAGCUGCAGUUUUUCUGGCGUUGCUGCUCUGUCUGCUCUGGACGGGGGCUCAGGGUGAGGAUGGAGGGGGGACAGGGAAGAAAGAGGGGGAGUUUGAUAUCCAAGGAGCCCACGAUCAGAGCAGCAGUCAGACCCAGAUGAGAACUGACCUCUGGGCUGAGCUGAAGGAGCUCAGAGACAUGGCCAUCGAACACAGGAUCAAGAUCCAGAGGCUGGAGCAAGACAACACAGUUCUAGAGACCAGGAUGAGCUCCAGUGAGAAGGAGGUGGAGGAGGUGAAGAGAGAGAACGCAGCCACACAGGUCAGACUGACAGCCAGCGAGAGCAAGAAUUCAGUUCUAGAAAACAGGAUGAGCUCCAGUGAAAAGGAGGUGGAGGAGCUCCAGAGAGAGAACGCAGACCGUCCUCAGGUGGCGUUCUCAGCCGGUCUCACUGAUGCAGGAGCAGUCGGACCCUUCACCACUGAUAUCACACUGAAGUACAGUAAAGUCUUCACCAAUAUCGGCCAGGCCUACAGCCCAACGACAGGUAUCUUCACAGCCCCCGUCAGAGGAGUCUACUACUUCAGAUUCAACGCGUGGGAGAACCGUUCAGCUGAGACCGGUGUUCAACUCUUUCACAACAACCACAAAAAGAUGGGGCUUUAUGAUUACAAUGGUGGCUCUGGCCGUGUCUCUACGUCUAACUCAAUGGUUCUUCAGCUGGAGAAGGGAGAUGUUGUCUACAUCGUUCUGCUCUCCAGCUACCCCGUUUAUGAUGAUUCGAAUAAUUACAUCAUUUUCAGUGGAUUUCUGCUCUUUCCUCAGUGAAGCCCACUCUAAAACACCCACUGCAUUAAGUUUCAACAUUACAUAUUAAUAAAUAAGUGUGUUGACUCAA